CUGGCUUGCCCAAGCAUCGCCCAACAGGUUUCUAAAGCACAACAUGGCUGACGCGCCUGCUCCUGCUGGUGGUGGUGAUGGUGGAGGAGGGUGGAGCGGUGGUGGUGGCGAUGACCGCGGCCGCGGCGGCUUCGGGAGGGGCCGCGGUGACCGCGGACGCGGACGCGGCCGUGGGCGCGGGCGCCCGCGCGAUGACGACAAGGAGUGGGUGCCCAUCACCAAGCUCGGCCGCCUGGUGAAGGAGAACAAGAUCAAGUCCCUCGAAGACAUUUACCUGUUCUCCAUGGCCAUCAAGGAGUACCAGAUCGUGGACUUCUUCCUCGGCUCCAAGCUGAAGGACGAGGUGAUGAAGAUCAUGCCCGUGCAGAAGGUUUCCGCCGCCGGCCAGAUCACCCGCUUCAAGGCCUUUGUCGCCGUCGGCGACGAGAGCGGCCACGUCGGCCUCGGCGUCAAGUGCGCCAAGGAGGUGGCCACGGCCAUCCGCGGCGCCAUCAUCAUCGCCAAGAUGUCGGUCGUGCCCGUGCGCCGCGGCUACUGGGGCCGCAGGAACGGCAUGCCCCACACCGUGCCCAACAAGGUGACCGGAAAGUGCGGGUCCGUGCGCGUGCGCCUGAUCCCGGCCCCGCGCGGGACGGGCCUCGUGGCCGCCCCUGUGCCCAAGAAGCUCCUGAGCAUGGCCGGCGUGGAGGACUGCUACACGUCUUCCCGUGGGCACACCCGCACUCUGGGCAACUUCGUGAAGGCAGUCUACUUCGCCCUCGCCAAGACCUACGGCUACCUCUCCCCCGAGCUGUGGAAGCCCACUGUCUUCCAAUCGGCGCCGUACCAGGAGCACACCGACUUCCUGGCCAAGAACCCGGCCCCCAAGGCGGCCGAGUUCUAAACCGAACCGUCACGAGUUUCGCCGCGUCUCGAAAAGGAAGUUUAUCGAGGGGUAUGGUUGUUUUGGGGGGAAGAGGAAGGAAAGCGUUAGGGCAAGAACGCUACGGUGCGUAGGUGUCGACCUUCUUGGCUUCCCGGCCACCUGUCUCGUCUGGCUGCUGCUCCUGCGAGUGGUAGGAGGGCUGUUUUCUUUUCGUUUCGUACGGCGAGGGCUGUGGUAGCUAGCAGAGUCUUUGAAAGCCGAGAGGGGGCGGGGGGGCUCACUAGCGGUAGGGAAAGCGUUGGGCGACGCUGCGGUGCGAUGUGCCGGCCUUGCUGCAUGUGUCUUCUUCUCCCGUCAUGUUCUCCUUCAGCGUGUUCGAUGAGAUUUUGCUGCUGUUGCUCGUGCCUCUUUUGGCAUUGCUGCUGCCUUGAAGAAACGUGCUUCAAACUUACCGUACAAGCAUCCCGUGUGAUGCUGCGGGCUGCUUUAUUGUGGGACGGCUGGCCCUUCCUUCAGAGGAGAAGAUGCCUCACAGAACCUGAGGAUAACCCGCAAACUGCUCUUGCCGUCCAACUACAAUCGGCACAUCGAUGCACCGGCAUUCACUCCCGUCCGCCGGAGCCGCAACCGCGGUGUUCACCGUUCGUUCGUUGGCGAAGGUUAAGGUUGCGAGAAGUUCGUUGUUUUGCGUGAAGAGCUCACCCGGGAGCUAACGUGACAAAAAGGCUUCCCGAGAGGAUCAUAUUUGUCCUAGAACCCGAUCUGUGCAGGCUGUU